CUGGACCGGGGCCAGAUCUGGGAGAGGGUGGGUCUCGAGUUCCUGGCGAUUUCUUGGAGGGAUUUAGCCGGGAUCUAGGGGGCAGUGAGAGAUUUAAGAAUUGAUAGGUGGUCGAGUUUUGUUUGGCCGAGUGGAUAUGCGCAAGAAAGUCGAGGAGCUUUAUGUUUCCCCUCUUAAAGGAUUAUUGCCAGCGAUGGCCACAGUGAGACGGAGGAGGAGCAGCCGCCACACCGAUACUCAGCUGAUUAGAACUGCAAUAAACGCGCAGUGAAUCGCCACUGGACACUAACCUCUCCAAUUAUCACAUUUGGAAACAUAUUUUAGAUCGUCUGAAGGAGUUAUGCUUAGCAAUUGACUGAAGUAUUGGGUGUAGGAUACUGCUCUCAUUAGAUUUUUCAGGUCAGUGCAAAAAUAAAAAGAGCAUUGGUCAUCCUCUUGGUUAUAGGCUACUCAUACUCCUCUGUGUCCCAAUUUGGGCGCAAACAUGACGACUGAGAGCUCACAGCAACAUCUGGACUCGUCUCAUCCUCUGAGAUCCAGCCCAGCAGCCGGAGUGAUGCACGCCACUCAGAUGAGCGCACAGCCAGUGGCGGAGAGCUCACCAAAUGCGUCGAACAAAAGGAAAAAGGGCAACUCUGGCUUGAGGCGUCCUGAGAAGCCGCCCUAUUCAUACAUCGCUCUUAUUGUGAUGGCUAUCCAAAGCUCCCCGACAAAGAGGCUUACUCUGGCUGAAAUCUAUCAGUUUCUUCAGGCCCGUUUCCCUUUCUUUAGAGGGUCUUACCAGGGAUGGAAAAACUCUGUGAGGCACAACCUGUCUCUAAACGAGUGCUUCAUAAAACUGCCCAAGGGCCUCGGCAGACCAGGCAAGGGACACUACUGGACCAUAGACCCGGGAAGCGAGUUUAUGUUCGAAGAGGGGUCCUUCCGUCGCAGACCUCGCGGAUUCCGUAGGAAAUGCCAAGCUCUGAAACCCAUGUAUCGAAUGAUGAAUGGCAUCGGCUUUGGCGCGUCGAUACUGCCCCAAAACUUCGAUUUCCAGAACCCCUCUGCGUCCUUGGCAUGUCAUAAUGGUUACAACUUGGACGUGAUGGGGACCACGGUGCCAGGGAGCUACGACGGGCUGGCUGGAGGGCAUCAUGUUCCUCACAUGUCGCCAAGCCCCGGGUCCACCUACAUGGCUGCCUGUCAGGUGUCGUCUAAUGGAGAAUACUGCCCAGACAACAGUAGUAGCCCUCUGCACUCAUCGCCGGCGGCGAUGGCAGCAGGCACCUUGGACUGUCACUCUCCCUAUACCAGUGUCCCGUCACACUGGACAUCACCAGGUGUGUCUCCAUACAUCAAGCAGCAAUCCCUGGCUUCAAACAGUCCCACAUCCUCUGCCUUGCAUUCGAGCAUAUCCCCUUACUCUCUGGAGCAAAGCUAUCGCCAUCACAACGGAAGAGACUCAUCUGAUAUUUCAACGGGAUUGUCUCGAUACUCGAACCAUUCAUCGCCAGUAUGUGACAGGAAAGAUUUUGUUUUGAACUUUAACGGAAUCUCUUCAUUUCACCCACCAACUGCCAGUGGAUCGUACUACCACCAGCUACAUCACCAUCACCAGAAUGUCUAUCAGGACGUCAAGCCAUGCGUUUUGUGAAAUCAACGCGUUAAGACCACCGCCAUCUUGGAUGAGGAUCACAACAACUACACAGCUACUAUAUACAAGCCAUAAGCUUCCUUGUCAUUUGUCCCAGAUGCCAAGACCUGUAAAAAUGGG